CAUGCCCACCAACUCCUCCGGUCCAGUCAAUACUGAAAUUCAGUUGUACUUCCGGGAUGUAAAAGUGAAUGACUUAACGCAGGUGAUGACGGUGGACAUGACAUUCAGGAUGAAGUGGCACGAUCCACGUAUAUCUUUUACACGAACGACCAGUCCCUUCAUAAUGUCGGACGGUUGGGCGAUGCUGAACGACGCGUCUGUAGCCUGGAUACCCGACGUGUUCUUCAGGCAAGGCUCCAACACGCGACGCGAGAAGACCGUCAAGGCGCAGAGUUACCUCAGAGUCUUUCCGAGCACUCCGAACAUGUUGUACAGCACCCGCUUGACUGUCGAUUUCGCUUGUCCAAUGAACUUCCAGGGCUACCCGCACGACACCCAGACAUGCGGCCUCACCCUUGCCAGCUGUAAGCCUCAUUCAGCAGUUAUUGCAUAA